ACCUCUUGCGUAACCUUGUGCAUGUAUUUGACAUGCCGCUCCUGCACAAGCGCCCACGGGAUGGAUCAAGCGACCAUGCCGACACUACCAGCCCCCACGAGGUAUCAGGCUCACUGUCUCCAGCCGUCGACGCUGCGGUUAAAAAGCUACAGCGAGCGUGUAAAGAACUGCAACUGUCGAGUCUUCCACGCGUGAUGACGGGGCGUGAGGACGAACGCGACGAAAUCUACACCGCGCUGCGCUCCUCCAUCGAACAGCAGAGCGCCGGUGGCCCCAUCUACAUCAGUGGCCUUCCAGGUGCAGGGAAAACGUCCAUUGUAAAAGAGGUUAUCCGUAUGCUUGAGGCUCAGCGAGACAACGGGAAGCUCCGCAACUUCGCAUGGGUGGAAGUCAACGGGCUGCAGAUGCCACGGCCUGACGUCGCGUAUAGUGUGCUAUGGAAGGCGUUGCAUCCACCGAAAAGUGAAAGAGAGGGGAAUGAGCCCCAACUGUCGCGUGUAAACAUGAGCGCAGCGCGACUGUGCGAGAUUCUGCAGCGUGAGUUUCACACCAAAAGUUCGACGCGGCCCAUGUUGCUGGUGCUACUGGACGAGAUGGACUUUAUGUUGGCUGGCAAAAACCAGGUACUGUACAAUCUGCUAGAAUGGCAGACCUCCGCCUCGGCCAAGCUAGUACUGGUUGGCAUUGCCAACACUAUGGACCUGCCGGAGCGAUUGCCUACCAAGAUUCGCAGUCGACUUGGUGGUCACCGCAUCACCUUCCCAGCGUACACCAGAGCUCAGCUGGAGAAUAUCAUCCAACAUCGGCUACUUCAGUUGGACAUCUUUAGUGAGGAGGCAAUUCAAAUCUGCGCCAAGACGCUGGCUCACCAGUCGGGCGAUGUGCGUCAAGCGCUGUCGCUCUGCCGCAAGUCUGCAGAAGUGUGUUUGCAUCGACUUACCGAGCUUGAUCGGACUGCAGCUACAACAAAUGGGGGCGAGUUGUACGUAACGGGUCAAGAUUUGCACGAUGCACAGGAGGCCGUGUCGGUGUCAGCGCCGAUGAGUCGCCUCCGUGCAUGUAGCAAAUUCGAGUGCACGUUCCUGGUCGCUCUGCGCAUGGAAGUACGCUCAAAUGCAACUCGUGGGGUCAACAAGAGUGGUGCAGAGCUGGAAGCUGUGAUUGAGCGGUUUGCGAUUCUGUGCAAGACUCACUCGUUCGUGCCGAUCCCGCGACUGCGCGGUCUGCUUUUCAUUUGUGACGAGUUGGAACGCUCGGGGAUCAUCAAGCAGAUUUCCACACGAACGUCACGUUACCCACUGCUGGAGCUGCGGUGCUCUCACCAAGAACUUCAAGAUGUGUUCCUCACCCACCAUAUCGGCAUGCAGUUAAUUUCGUAGGAAUUUGAAUGGAUCGAUCAAUUACAAUGGAUACAGUCCCAGGCCAGUAUUCAUUAGUGUGAAUUUUCAAACAUAUCAUUUCACAACUGGUACACAUAGCUUGCCACGCAGAAACCCCAGACUGUCCAGCC